AUGGGCUUUGAUGUCAAAGGUCGAGAUCUUGUGACUUACAUUCCACUUGUGACUUCUGUUGGUCUUGCUGCAUACGUCGUGUGGCAGGCUCUGGGACCCAAGAUCGGACUGGUCAACCCGAACAUUGAGAAGAAUGUCGAGAGAGUGGUAAAUACCAUGGAUAUUGAGGACAUUGGUGAAAGCAUUUCAUUCUGUCGUUGCUGGAGGUCUAAGAAGUUUCCUCUGUGCGAUGGAUCCCACAACACCCACAACAAAAAGACUGGAGACAAUGUUGGACCCAUGUGCCUUAAGAGGAACAAAUAA